AUGAAUCGUGCUGAAAUGCUGGCUAUCCUGGAUAAUGGUCCAUACGCUGUCAAUGGUGGCUUACUAAUACUGCGUCGAUGCUAUGAUCAUGAAGAUCUGGUCUUGGAAAGUAUCAAGAUCGAGAAAAUGAGCAUCUGGGUCUGCCUGCAUGGGGUGCCUAUCACUUCCAUGAAUUACCGCUCCUUGGAGGACCUAGCUAGAAGGGUUGGUGAUGUUGAAACCAUCAAACAAGACUGUGUGUCUCUGCGCAAAAUCACCUAUGUCCGGGCAAAGGUAUGGAUAAAACCUGGUGACCCUUUGGUUCCUUCUUUUUAUUUCACAAAAAGGAAUGGUAAAAUGGCUAAGAUCCAAUGCAAGUUUGAACAGAUGCAUAAGUUGUGUCAAAGAUGUGGUAGAUUGGGUCAGCCACUUAUCCGCUGCUAUUUUAUGGAGGAUGAUGCUCUAACCACUUUUCUUAGUAACUUUUUCGCUGCCAGAGCAGCUCAGUUUCAUUCCCCCUUUGUUAGUAGAUGUAAAUCAGGCAAUGUAAAUCAGCGUAGUACUCGAAUGCCUGAAUACAAAAUGGCGGCAAUGCUUGAUUUCUAUGACUCUGUGCCGGAUAAUUACAUUCAGGAUGGUUUCACCAUCUCUGAGACUGAUGAGGAAACUCCGGUUCCUUGGUACCCCUGGUCCCCACACAACCCUGAUGCUCAUCAGUCGGAUGCUGAGAAUGAGGAGGAUUAUGACAAUCAAUCGGAUGAUUUGGAUCAAGAUGAUAGUGACCCUGACAAUGCCAAUCAUAACGAUGAUGAUGAUUCCUCCUCCGGGGGAUCUGAUCAGUUUAUGGCUGCAAUAAAUGCUGAUAAUUUUGUUGAUGAUGAUGGCCCCCCAAUCCCGGUGAAUGGCAGAUCCAGCCUUUAUGCAGGUGUAGCGGCUGAUUAUUCACGACGUGCAGCUCCUGCUACUGGGGAAGACACAGAUUCUUCCUUUUCUGCUGACCCAGGUGACAGUUUCCACUCACUCUCCUCUCACUCUUCUGAGUUUUAUCAAGGUUCUGUACAUUCCUUCCCUGAUGAUGCUAGUGAAUUUUAUAUGCCGCAUUCAUUUUACGAAAUUCCAGAUGCUCCUCCGUCUGAUGCUAUGGUGGAAAAUCCUUCUUAUGUCCUGGAUUUUAUCAUUCCGCAUGUAUCUGAUUAUCCACCUUAUCGAGACAUCUCCCCGGUUUCUGGUUUUUCAGGUUUUCAACUUAGUGAUGAUUCUCAUAUUGCAAUAGAUGAUGAAGUUACUAGUAAUUUUGUUUUUGUGCAUUUUGGAGUUGGGCUGUUGCCAAGACUUAGCACCAGGUCCUCUGCUGGGGGUGGAGGACUGCUACAAGCUCGGAUGGCGGUUUCUGAAUCAGACCUACCAGAUUCCAGACACAAUACUCAGCAAAGCUCCCAGACCCAGCCUGCUACUCACGGAUGGUGUAUGAAGAUUGUAGAUGAGGAUUUUUAUGACUCUGUGGAUUCUGACACCUCAUUCAACUCCUCAGGUAGCAGGAAAAGAUACUCAGAAGAUUCUCUUCUUGACCUGGAUCGCCCAGAGAAGCGAAGGUCCAAAACGGAGAUGCAUGAGGAGGUGCAAAGUCUCUUCAACGAUUUGGAGAUGGCCUGGGAGGAAGGCAAGCAGCAAGCAACCACCUCAAUUCAACUGAAUGGUUUUGCAGGGAUUGAACCAGAUCAAUCCCCUCUGCUUAGUAAAAAUUAUAAACCAAGUGUUUUGUUUUUGAUGGAGACUAAAGCUGCAAACUCUACUAUGUCAGCUUGGCUUCAGUCCACUGUUUUUCAUAAUUGUUGCAUAGUAGACCCAAUUGGCAGUAGUGGGGGCCUGGGUCUCUUUUGGAUAGCUAAUCUUACACUAGCAGUAGUUUACCAGGAUGCUAAUGUGAUUGUUACAAAGGUCACUGAGGCAAAUGGUUUAAUCUGGAUGGCCAUUUUUGUGUAUGGUCCUCUUGCUAGGCAGCAGAGAACAUCAUUUUGGUCUAGCCUGAAUGAAAUCAUCCAAGGUUAUUGUUAUUCUAGUAUUAUAUUAGGUGAGUUUAAUCAAGUCAUUGAACAGGAGGACAAACAUGGAGGUCGUCCUGUCAGCAUGUAG